CCAAAAUUUGACGUUGUUUACUUUUCGUUGAAAAAUUUAUGUUUGAUUGUAAGAAAAUUAUUUAAUUAAUUUUAAGUGUCUGAAAACAGUUUUAAUUACAUUUGUUUAUGUAAAAUGAUGUAAGAGUGUCAUUUCUAUUGAUUGCAAAUAAAAGAAGGAAAAAAGUAAGCACAAAAACAUGAAUUUUUCAAGAAUAAAUCUUCAGCCAUCAAAUACCUCUCGACUUAUAGAAAUGGCAUUAAGGGAACUACACAUUGAACGAGAUCCUAAUAUGGACGAUACAGUAGAGUAUGUAGAAGUGGAUGAUCAUGAUUUUGUUCAUCGUAGACGGACUGUUGAUGAACGAGUUCUAACACCUAGAACAGCACAACUUGAAAAUAGUUUAUCAGAGCAUCUAAAUUCAUCUAUUCCUUCAUUAGAUGAAAUUGUGAUUCGUCAAAGAGGAAGACAAAAGAAGCCCUCAAAAAUUAGCUGGUCACCGAUAAAAAGUCCUUUUAAAACACCGACUAAAAAUACACUUCAUAUGUCACUUUUAUCGCCAUCACCAGCUAAGAAGCUCUUCAGUAAUAAUAACAAUUCUUCUAUGGUUCUGCGCAAUUCACCACGUAAGCGAAUUUUCGCAGAUUCUCAGAAUGAUCAAGAUUCAGCAUGUUCAUCAACUCCAUAUGCCACACCUACAAAGAGACUUAAAUUCAUUGAAGAUCGUCCAAUGAAUGCAAUAAAUCCAGAAGUAUCUCUACAGACACUAUUAAAAGGACUGAGUCAAGAUCAAUUGAUUGAAAUCAUCUCUGGAAUGUCUAAUAAGGAUUUACAAAUAGAGAAAACUAUUCGCGAUAAUCUUCCACUUCCUGAUAUUAGACCAUAUGAGGAGGAACUUUGUGAAUUACGGAAAAAUAUCACUAAGAGCUCUCCUCGAUCCAGAUUGUCGAUACAGAGUAAAUCUGAUGGUGCUGCAUUUUCUAGAGCUUCUGUUCAUUUGACGGCAUUUAAGAGGGCAAUCAUCAAUCAUUGUAAAGUAUUAAGAGACUCUCAGCAUUUUGAUGCUCUUGUCGAUUACGUAAUGAUGUCAUGGACAUAUGUUCGAGGACUUCCAAUCUGGGAUGAAGCUAAUCAUAACUUAAUUCGUAAAGAUUGCUUUAAACUUUUAACGCUUCAUGCACGACACAGCAUUAAACACGGUGGAAUUAGCUUGGGUUCUGAGCGCAUUAAAAAUUUUCGCAAUAAACUAAAGUCGAUGGUGAUUGAUUUUGAUGAGUUAGACAAGUGUAAGGAGGCUGUAAAUGCACUAGCCGCAAAGGUUUAACUAACAUACUAAUCGAGCCUAAUGAUGAUGCAACAUAGUGAAAAAUGAAACGCUUUGAUCAUUCUAACAUAAAUUUUAAAGUAGAUUUAUACUAGAUUUUGGCAAUUGCAUGAAUUAAAGGCAUUAUGUUAAUUAAUUUACUCUUUAAUACUUCUUAAAUAAAAUAUAACUUUCUAGAG